AGUGAAACCUUCUAGUCUCAACUAAAGUAAGUGAUCUACUCUACACACACUUCCGUUUCUUUUCAUGCUACCUUGAAUUGAAUCAAUGGCUCUGUUACACCGAGCCAUGCGCACUAUACCAUCCCAGCAUCAGCGGUGGCAACAUGCUUGGAUGCUGCCUCCUCUCACCAUUUGGAUUUGUGUUUCAAUCACACUUCGUUAUGGUUAUUACGGCGAUUCAUGCAUCCUGCUUGGCCCUGCCUCGUCCCGUUUGAUGAAGACCAGUUCUGUUUUUGUGAAGCAGCUUCAAGUGUCAAACGAGGACAAUAAUCAAGUUAUUCUCCAUGCCUUCAACGAGGAGCCCGAGUUAAGCUCCCAAACUAAUUGGACAGUGUCAAAUUUCUUCCUUGUUGAAGCGUAUAAAAGCAAGGUAAUUUCUUUGUGGUUAAAUCAGGGCUCCACCAUCCGUAUGAGGUGGGAAGCACACACUACUAGUAGUUUGGAUCAGCUACAUGGGAUGGUGAUCAAAGGAGAAAAGAAGUUUGAACUACUACAGCCUAAACAAACGAGCUUCCUCAAUGCAAUUGCUCUUCGCAAGACUGUUAAUGGUAAAGAAGCUGAAUACAAUGUUGAGGAAGAUAAUAUAUACCACAUUGGGGUUCUAAACAUGAAUUCCAGGAACAUAAUAUUGACUAUGAAAGUUAAUGUUUUGGCAAAGGUAUAUGAUACCACCAAAGGCAAGAAGAUGUGCUCUACUGCAAAUGGAUUCUGUAGACUCAGUUUUGUCUUCCCUAAUACUCAGUAUGUUAUUCUUACGGCAACUGGCAAAGUUGAUGGGGGAUCGUAUGUUGAAAUUUCUUUUCUGGCUCGUGUGUUGACCUACAUAUUACUUUUAGGAGCUCUUAUGAUUGUUAUUUAUCUGGUUCUGAAGUUCCUUGAAGUCCAUGAAGGUGGUGAUCAGAAUAGUCAUGCGGCAGUCGACGUCACAUACAGAACAAGUAAUGUAGUUGCAAGGCAAACCGAAACUCAGCCCUUGAUGCAAGUGGAGACAAAUCCAUUGACAUAUGGAACAAAUGCAAAAGAUGAUGAAGAAGAAGAUUCAGGAGCAUCCAGUAGCUCUUCAAAGGAGUUAUAUGAUGAAAAAUUGUGUUGCAUUUGUUAUGAUGAACAACGCAGUAGCUUCUUUGUUCCUUGUGGACAUUGUGCCACUUGCUAUGACUGUGCACAGAGGAUUUUAGAUGAGGAGAGCAUAGUGUGUCCUAUAUGCCGAAGGCUUAUUCACAAAGUACGAAGAUUAUAUCAUAAUUAGGCAUAUUAUAAACAUGUGUCUUAUAGUGAUUUGAUUUGCGGGAUCAUGUAGAUAGUGGGGAAAAUUUGAUAGGAAAUUAGCAUUGGGAGUGGGUUUGUGAGUUGUUAUUUUCUCUUGGCGGUACUUUUUCCCUACCUCAAAUGUACUUCCAUGACUUUCCAAUUUUUGCAUGAAGCUGCAGGGGAAUGAGUUACUAAUACUAUGGCUUGGGCAGAGUUCAUCUAAUUAAGGGUAACUAUAAGCAACCAAUAAAGUGACUUCUCUUGUUUAUUCUUUGGA